AUGCCGUUCCUGCACUCCGACACGCAGCCAAAGAUCCUCAUCGCCGGAGCCGGUAUCGGAGGUUUGACUACUGCGCUAGCGCUCCAUGCCGCCGGCUUCAGCGACAUUCAGAUUUUCGAGACAGCGUCGACGCUCACGACACUCGGUGUUGGUAUCAAUGUUCAGCCAUCCGCAGUUUUGAUCCUGCGGAAUCUGGGCUUGCUUGAAGCAUUAGAGAAGACGGGCAUCAAGACGAAAGAGCUGAACUUUUACAACCGCCAUGGCGAUCCCAUCCUGAGCGAGCCUAGAGGGAUGGAUGCAGGGUAUGAGGUACCUCAAUUCUCGAUUCAUCGCGGAGAGUUUCAGAUGUUGCUGUUGAGCGCCGUGAAGGAACGCCUUGGCAAGGACGUUCUACAUCUGAACCAUGCCCUGGCGGCCUUUGAUCAAAAUGAUGAAAGCGUCACAGCACGUUUUUCGCACAGAAGGGACGGUGUCCCAGCAGAAGAGUCGAGCGUAACGGGCGAUGUUCUGAUUGCUGCUGAUGGGAUCAAUUCCACAGCAAGAAGGCUUCUCUACCCUGGCGAAGGACCGCCACGCUUUUCAGGGCGCAUGCUUUGGCGCGGAUGCAUCGAGCGUGAGCAGUACUUGACAGGCGCAAGCAUGGUGUGGGCAGGUCACGCCGACCAAAAAUUCAUUGCCUACCCCAUCAGCCAACGAUCAGCCGAGAAAGGCAAAAGCCUUGUAAACUGGAUCGCUGAACUGCGGAUACGUGAUAAAGACGAUGUUGACCUAACACCUCCUAAGACAGACUGGACCAAAGCUGUUAAGAAAGAUGUGUUCGCAGGACCGUUUGAGACAUGGAGAUGCGGAGGUCUGGAAAUGAAGGACUUGAUCAACAGCACAGAAAAGGUCUUCGAGUUCCCUAUGUCUGAUCGCGACCCAGUAGAAGCCUGGUCGUUCGGCCGUCUUACUCUCAUGGGCGACGCAGCACACGCCAUGUACCCCAUUGGGUCAAACGGCGCAUCUCAAGCUAUCAUUGACGCCGAAACGCUCGCUAAGCACCUAUCCAACAACCUUUCAGAUAUCCCUGGAGCGCUGAAAGCCUACGAGCUGGAGAGGUUACCGCCUACCGCGAAGAUUGUUAUGGCGAAUCGAGCGAAUGGCCCGGAUCAUGUCUUGCAGCUUGCCGAGGAGAGAGCACCAGAUGGGUUUAGUAAUGUGUAUGAUAUUAUUCCAAAGGAGGAGUUGGAAGAAAUUGGGAGGGUAUACAAGAAGGUUGCUGGAUUUGAGAUGGAGAGUGUUAAUGAGAAGGCGAGGAAGACGAAGGGGGUAGAGAAGGAGAAAGGGUUGAAAAGUCCAGCGGAUUGGAUAUAG